AUGAUCGAAGCCUUGGAUCCUGCUCACAGCGACAUCAAGACCAGACCGAGGAGACAGCGAGGCAAGGCUUGCAUCACUUGCCGCGCCCGCCGUGUCAAGUGUGACUAUUCUCUUCCAUCCUGCAACCGAUGUCUGAGCACAGGCCGCAAAUGCGAUGGCUAUCCGGCGCCUCCUCGAGAAAACGGAAGAGAUCCGCCUCCCGUGGCGGUGCUAAUGGUCAUUGACUCCAAUGUCCCUACGCGAUGCGACCAUGAAGCUUUGAGGGCGUUCCAGUUCUUCACCCAGUUCUGUGCCCCGGACAUGCUGAACUACGGCAGCCACCACUUUUGGAACCGGCUGGUGCUGCAAGCCUGCCAUGUCGACGAGAGCAUCAAGCACCUCACCAUCGCAGCCUCCCGACUGGGAUUGCUGCGCCUGCGUCAGCCCUGUGCCGCGCCGUCGGACAAGGACACCGUCUUCCUCGCGCACUACGGCCGAGCUUUGAGGCUGCUCAGCCGAAGCGAGAACCCGGACCCGAGCUUGCUGCUCAUGGCUUGCUUGCUACUCGUGCUGUGCGACGAGUUCCAGGAGAAUUCGUUCGCGGCCAUUCAGCAUCUCAUCGCCGGCAGGAAGAUCCUCGCCACGUACCGGCCGUCGUCGCCCCAGUACAACGACGGCAACGCGGCCAUCGCAGAACUCGACCACAUCUUCUCCCGACUCGAGCUGCACACCAGCGAGCUGUACCACAUCGCCAGACCGCAAUCCAUGGCCUGGUGGUCGCCGGACUGCAAGGCCCAAGCCGUUGCGACGAACGACCUCCCGCUCCCCCUGCACCUCGAGCCGAGACAUCUCUGGACAUGCAUGGAAGAGGCAGCCUGGGCCCUGCAAGCCAUCGCCUUUGACUGCACGGCACUGCAACUCGACGGCAUGGCGCCCAAGACGAGAUUUCAGAUUGUGCCCGACCUCACGGACAAACUCAACGCCUGGAUCGACCAGCUGACGACGUUUGAAUCCAGCAUGUACGCCCACCUUAGCGUCGCCAUGCUCACGGAUCUGGCCCUGCUCCGGACGUACCACCUUUGCCUGCACGUGCUGUCGCGGUGCGGGCCGUUCAGGCAGGAGACGGCCUUUGACGCGUACGCCGGCGCGUUCGAGCACAUCGUGGUGAGCUGCAGCCUGAUGAUCCGGCGCCGGCCGGCGCGGCUGAUCCCCAUCCUGUUCUUCGUUGCCACGCGGUACCGCAACGCCAGCUUCCGCCGCCGCGCCGUCUGCAUGCUUCGCCAGUGCGGCUUGGACGGCCAGAUCCUGGACAGCAUCGCCAUGAGGGUGGUGCGGCUCGAGGAAACCGGCCUCGCCACCCCGAUCGUCGGCUCCGACGUCCCCAGCGCGAACCGCGUCAGAGUCGUCAACGUGGGCUUUGACGACGCCGGCACGGGCUCCUACGUCCUGCGCUUCACGCGCUACCCCUUCCGCACUGCUUGCGGUGACAGAAACGGAGACGGAGACAACGACAGAGAUGUUGUCCCGCUCGAGCAUACCGUCCUGUCGACGCAGGCGUGCUACUGGGCCUUUCCGUCCCAGGCGCCUUCACAUGCGAGCGGACUGCUCCGUGCUGUUCUGAAAUUUGACUUUAUGGCGUUUUGGAACCAGGAGGACCCGGCAUUCACCCUGCCGGCAGGCUUUGGUCCAGUAUAA